AUUCUAAAAUCGAGUAUCCCAUGAUAAUUUUUAUACUUAUAAUUACAACUUCCUCCUCCCUCCAUGAAAGGUGACAAAUCACAAAAACCCAGAAUCAAACAGCAGCGCCAAGCCAGUACAACUGCUCUUCAUCUCUCACUUCAGCUCUCCUGUCGCCGCGGCUUCGAAGUGAGAGUUCGGAAGAAUGAAGCUGACUCCGAGAGAGGUUGAGAAGCUUAUGCUACACGAUGCUGGAUACCUUGCACAGAAGCGUCUUGCUCGCGGCCUGAGGCUCAAUUACACUGAAGCUGUGGCACUUCUAGCAACACAGAUUUUGGAAUUUGUUCGUGAUGGUGAGAAGACAGUGGCAGAAUUGAUGGACCUAGGGAAGCAGUUGUUAGGAAGGAGACAAGUUCUUCCAGCUGUUCCACAUCUUUUGCAUACUGUGCAGGUUGAAGGGACCUUUCCUGAUGGCACAAAGUUAAUCACCAUCCAUGACCCAAUUGCCAGUGAACAUGGAAAUCUGGAGCUAGCUUUACAUGGCGCUUUUCUUCCAGUUCCUUCGCUAGACAAAUUUUACGGGAUAGUAGAUGACAAAAUUCCUGGUGAGCUACGACUUGGAGGCAGAAGGAUUACGCUAAACCAAGGAAGAAAGGCUGUAACUCUCAAAGUCACCAACACAGGAGACAGACCAGUUCAGGUUGGAAGCCAUUAUCACUUUAUUGAGGUGAACCCCUGCUUAGUUUUUGAUCGAAGGAAAGCAUAUGGCAUGCGGUUGAACAUACCAGCUGGAACAGCUACGCGAUUUGAGCCAGGGGAUUCUAAAAGUGUUAAUCUUGUAAGGAUUGGUGGUAAGCAAGUGAUCAGAGGAGGAAACGGCAUUGUUGAUGGUCCAGUUGAUGAUGCCAAUAUCACCUCAAUGAUGGAAGCGGUGCACACAAAAGGCUUUAAGCAUGCAGAAGAGACAAAUGCCAGUGAAGGUGUCAUUGCUGAAGGAUCUUCUACCUCUACAAUUUCUCGUGAGGCCUAUGCUAACAUGUAUGGUCCCACAGUUGGUGACAAAGUUCGGCUUGGUGAUACAGAUUUAUUUGCGGAAAUUGAAAGAGAUUUUGCAGUAUAUGGCGAUGAAUGUGUAUUUGGAGGUGGAAAAGUUAUAAGGGAUGGAAUGGGGCAGGCUUGUGGAUAUGCAGCUUCUGACUGUCUAGAUACAGUUGUUACAAAUGCUGUGAUAAUUGAUUAUACAGGAAUUUUCAAGGCAGAUAUUGGUAUUAAAGGAGGUGUUAUUGUUUCUCUUGGAAAAGCUGGCAACCCAGACGUCAUGGAUGGGGUAUCCUAUGACAUGGUCAUUGGCGUUAACACCGAGGCUAUUGCUGGAGAAGGAAUGAUCAUAACCGCAGGGGCCAUAGACUGUCACGUGCACUUCAUAUGCCCUCAAUUGGCGCAUGAAGCAAUAGCAAGCGGCAUCACAACUUUAGUGGGUGGAGGGACCGGACCUGCUGAUGGGACACGUGCAACAACAUGUACUCCAGCACCAGUACAAAUGAAGUUAAUGCUAGAAUCCACUGAUGACCUGCCGCUAAAUUUUGGUUUUACUUGCAAGGGAAAUGGUUCCAAACCUGAAGGGCUUCAUGAAAUAGUUAGGGCUGGAGCAAUGGGACUGAAGCUUCACGAGGAUUGGGGAACUACUCCUGCUGCAAUAGACAACUGUUUGACGGUUGGCGAACAGUAUGACAUUCAGGUUAAUAUCCACACUGAUACCUUGAAUGAAUCUGGAUUUGUGGAACACACAAUUGCUGCAUUCAGAGAUAGAACAAUUCAUACUUACCACAGUGAAGGUGCAGGCGGGGGUCAUGCUCCAGAUAUCAUCAAAGUCUGUGGUGUAAAAAAUGUUCUACCCUCAUCAACGAACCCAACACGUCCUUAUACUUCAAAUACCAUAGAUGAGCACCUUGACAUGCUGAUGGUAUGUCAUCACCUUGACAAGGACAUUCCAGAGGAUGUAGCUUUUGCUGAAUCAAGAAUACGGGCUGAAACAAUUGCUGCAGAAGAUAUCUUGCAUGACAUGGGGGCAAUUAGCAUCAUAUCAUCUGAUUCACAGGCUAUGGGUCGUAUUGGAGAGGUUAUUUGCAGAACUUGGCAAACUGCUCACAAGAUGAAGUUGUCUAGAGGUUCGAUUGAACCAAGUGGCUCAGAUAACGAUAACCUCCGGAUCAAACGAUACAUAGCAAAAUACACAAUAAAUCCUGCUAUAGCUAAUGGGUUUUCUCAUUUUGUUGGUUCAGUUGAGGUAGGAAAGUUGGCUGAUCUUGUUAUUUGGAAACCAUCUUUCUUUGGAGCAAAACCUGAAAUGGUGAUCAAAGGUGGCACAAUUGCAUGGGCCAACAUGGGUGAUCCAAAUGCUAGCAUCCCAACUCCCGAACCGGUGAUAAUGAGACCGAUGUUUGGAGCAUUUGGAAAGGCAGGAAGUGCCAACUCCAUUGCUUUUGUCAGCAAGGCAGCUUUAGACAACGGAGUGAAAGCCUUGUAUGGACUCAACAAAAGGGUGGAAGCUGUAGGCAAUGUGAGGAGGCUCACCAAACUUGACAUGAAGCUUAAUGAUGCCCUUCCAGACAUCAAGGUGGACCCAGAGACUUACACAGUGACAGCAGAUGAUGUGGUUCUUACCUGCACUGCAGCUACCACUGUUCCCCUUUCUCGAAACUACUUCCUCUUUUAGUCAGAGCUGCUGCAGUGGAGGAGCAAUGUUUCACGUGGGCAACAACUGCAUGGGAAAUGGGAAUUAUGUUGGUUGGCCUUAACCAUUUUAAAAUUCGACUAAAAUAAAUACUCCUACUCCUUAAGAGAGUUUGGUAACAAAACCCCUGACCGAGUUAUUUGAUGGAUUCGUUUCUCAUACUGUAAUAAAGUGGUUUAAAUUAGUAUUUUUCUGAACAAGUUGUAGUGCUUGAUAACAGUUCAGUGUUUUUGAAAACGACUUUCGCGUUAUCGAAGUCGUGUUUUGAACUCUCUCUCUCAGUGAACUUGGAUUGAAAAUUGUUUUUUUUUUUUUUUUUUUAAGGAUAAAAGUUGCUAGACGUGAGAUUCAAUGUGGGUAUGGACCAUUGGACCCCACAGCAAUUGCAACGUUACUUCAUGGAGUGCUACUUCUCUUUAUGGCAUUGCAAAGCCACUCGAUGUGACUCCGUAGCAUAUUUAAUUUUAAUCUCCUUCUCAUGUCCUCGGAAACUCUUGUUUGUUUUUUUUUCCCGAAUAGUCAAGGUUUUUUGAUCAAUUUACGCACACCUCAAUUAAUCUCCUUCUCAGUCCUGUCAAAGGAAGGUAAUUGAUGACCAAUCAAAAAAGUUACUUUCUUGUGAUCCGACCUCGAUAACUAAACUCUGAUCAAUCGUAUGAGAUCAAAUCAACCAACCAACCAACCAGACAAACCUUGCAUGCUACUGCAAACUCUGGUAACUAGUGCUACCUUAUAUAUAUAGUAAUAAAGUAGUAGUCCUUAUCAUGCCCUUUGGCUUUGUACAAUACUCCUAAAUCUUGGCAUUACAUACCACAUAGUACAGGCACAUGGUUUUGACAAAAUGGUCCCGCAAU